AUGCUCGUGUCAGAUCGUGUCAGUGUCGCUCAUAUCUUCGACUCUUUUGCCAGAAACGCAGGAAAAGAGCGCCUGCCCGAUACGUACGCAUUCCGGUCUGCACUCCCGGACAUCAAGUGCCAGGAUGCCGCUCCGCUUGCAGAUAGCAUCGCUGCGUCCUGCAUUGUGUGCUACGGGCUGCUGAUCCCGAGCUUCCUGGCGUACCUCAUGUUCAAGCAGCACCUGGCUUUGGCACCCAGCCGCUGCUUCGUCAGCCACGUCGCCAAGAAGGAGGGCGAAGUCACAGUCUGGGUUUUACCUGUGGAGGAGUCCGAGAAGCCCGAGCCGGAGCAGGACAAGGAGCUGAAGAGGAAGAGCCUCCUGGCCGCGGCGGUAGCCCGCAGCUGCAUCUACUUUGCCGGCGGCGUCCGGGUUCAGUUGCAGGACGAGCGCUUGAUCCUCCGACCGCAGGAGCAAAGCGGCCAAGAGCACGACGCGAGCAGCUUCGUUUGGACGGCCCUGGGGAACAAGGGCGACGCAGAUCUUCGGCGUUGCCAAGCUCUUGAGAGGAUGCUGAAGGAGCGGUACGUACUUGACGAGGUCGCUUCCUCCGACAGAAUCGUGGCCGGUGCGAAGGAGCUCUUCGUCAAAUAUGCCAUGAGGAUCGUGGCCGUUGCUUUGGUGGCUGCCGUCCGGAGCGAGAAUGGCCUGGAGUUCACCUUGGGCUACACCUUGUGCACCUCGCUCGCCAUCGCCACCAUCCGGGCGUCUGCAAGAGGAGGGAUCGGACGCUUGAUGUUUUGCCUUCUGCUCGGGCAUCUGGAGCUGAUCUGUCAACGACUUGCAGAGCUUCUGCUUCUUCUGCUCCCCGGCUUUCGUUUCAUCAGCCAGAAAGGUACGAGAGAGAGCCGUUCAGCAGGAUCAGCACCGAAGCGCCUGAGAGUAGACAUAACUCGGUUGGGAGAGGCACCAGCUGUUGAAGCUUCGGCCGCGGACACGAUUGUGCCCAGGUCUGGCCGUCGCGGCCUUCGCCUUCUCGACAGGCGAGGCCAAGGUCCGUCGUGUGUCCGCAUGUUUCCGCAGUGGCAGAGGCCGAGUGCUGACGGCACGCGCUGCCCUGCUCGCGCCCUGCGCGAUGGCGGCGGCGCAGGCGCUGAAGCCAGGCGCCGUUCGCGUGGGUCGAAGCGAUUUACUCGAGACCUCUACAACGGAGCUGUUCUUCUUGGCAAGCUGUAG